AUGUACAACCGACAACCUGUCUAUCAGGACGAUCAUGAUUUUCCCAUUGAGCCAGGAAGACAGAUUUCAAGUUAUGGAAGACCACUGCAAAAUCAAUAUCAGACUUCGAAUGCAUUCGUUUACCAACAGCAACCACUCAUACAGGGAAAUAGAUCCUAUCCUUACGGUGGAGGAGGUUCAUCCUCUUCAACUUUUGUCACGACGAACAGCAGACCAAUUCCUUCUCAUGCUGGAGUUCCCAGUUCUCAUGCGUACCAACAGCCAAGAGCUGUGAGUCAUCAGAGCCUUAAUCGUCAUCAACAAAAACCACCAACUAAGAUUUAUUCAUCGAGUAAGGGAGCUACAUCGAACAUUAAUAAUAGCAGAACUAUGGUAAAGCCUGUUGGAAGAGUUCCCAUGAUGAUGAGAGGUGGACCACGUUUUCGUGCUCCUCGUUCAGGACCCAAAGAUGAUCACGAUGAUGAUUAUGUGGAUGAUCAUGAUUUUGAUGAUUAUGCCUAUACUGAUACUUCAUCGUAUGUCGAUGAUCUUGGUUAUCAAGAUACCUAUGAUACUAGUACCUUCGCUUCGAAUUAUUAUGACUCGAAUUCCAUCUUCAAUAACUAUGAUUCUUCUAGUUUCAAUACUUUUCUUUAUCAGAAUCAAGGAACUCUUCCAGAUCCUGUUACGACCAUUCCACCUCAACAAGAUUCUCAGCCACCAGUGGAUGAUACACUUCAAGAUCCCAAUGCUUUGAGUACCACUGAUGGAUCUGAUCCGAACACUGCUUCUACCUCAUUCGAUCCAUCGACUUCUUCUGCCGUAGAUACAAGCGCUUUUCAAAGCAGUGAUCAUAGCUCUACCACCUAUGAUUCAAGUGCUGGUUAUGAUAUUGGAUCGUACAGUGGAGGUGGUUAUGAUUCUGGAUCGUAUAGUGGCGGUUAUGAUUCUGGAGCCUAUAGUGGUGGCGGUUAUGACUACAGUGGAGGUGGUGGUGGUGGUUUUGAUUAUGGAGGAGGAGGAGGCUUUGAUUUUUAA